CCAAUCUUUUGUGGUUUUGCGUAUCCAAGAGGAGGAAAUAUCAUCGUCAACAAUGGCCCCCAAAGCUUCCGUCGCCCCCGCCAAGAAGGCCGCUGCUGCCAAGAAGGCUGCCCUCAAGGGUACCAAUGGAAAGAGUGUCAAGAAGGUCCGCACCUCGGUCCACUUCCACCUUCCCAAGACCCUCCGUCUUGCCCGCUCCCCCAAGUACCUCCGCCGCUCGGUCCCCAGCAUCAGCUCCUUCGACCAGUACAGAAUCGUCCGCUUCCCUCUGAACACUGAGUCUGCCAUGAAGAAGAUCGAGGACCACAACACCCUCGUUUUCAUCUGCGACGUCCGCGCCAACAAGCGCCAGAUCAAGGAUGCUGUCAAGAAGCUCUACGAUGUCGAGGCCAGCAAGAUCAACACUCUCAUCCGCCCCGAUGGUACCAAGAAGGCCUACGUUCGCCUCGCUGCCGACGUCGAUGCUUUGGAUGUUGCCAACAAGAUUGGCUUCAUCUGAACCACUAGAUCUUUUAGGCGGUUUUUAUGAAGUGAUGUAUAUUUCAAUAAAAGCUUGGGGAAACUAAAA